UGGCGCGUCAUGACACAAGCGGAUUUGCGGCAGAGCUGCUGUGGACUGCGCCGGAGCUGCUGCGCGCCGCGGGGUGCGCGGGGCACGCGGGAUGCGCGGAGCUCGCGGGGGCCUCGCAGGCUGGGGACGUGUUCUCCUUCGCAAUCAUCAUGCAGGAGGUGAUCGUGCGCGGCGAGCCUUACUGCAUGCUGCAGCUGACGCCGGAAGAGAUCGUGGAGAAGCUGCGCCGCGGGCCGCCGCUAGUGCGGCCGUCGGUGUCGCUGGGUGCAGCGCCGCCCGACGCUGUGCGAGUCAUGCGCCAGUGCUGGGCGGAGGCGCCGUCACUGCGGCCCGACUUCGGGCGCCUCUACCACCAGUUCCGGCUCAUGCACCGCGGCCGGAAAAUCAACAUCGUCGACUCUAUGUUCGAGAUGCUGGAGAAGUACAGCAAUAAUUUAGAAGAACUGAUAAAAGAAAGAACAGAGCAGCUAGAUAUGGAGAAAAAGAAAACUGAGCAACUUCUGAACAGAAUGCUGCCGAGGUAAGAGCAGUACCGAGCAUGCGAGAGCCGUGUGCACUGCGCAGCCCAAUGGCUAGAGUGUUGUUGAAAUGG